CAGAACGCGACACGCUGUUACAGCGAUUGGCCGCGUCGCAGCUUCCAGAAACUUCCAAACAAGCGCGGGAAAUCAUCCACCGACCACGAUGGCUGUUUUUAAGAGAUGCAAAUUAGCAACAGCAUUGCUGCUCUUGGGUUUAUCUUAUGCCCUGGCUGCACCCGUUGCUGAGAAUUCAGGCGACGGAGCGGGUGCCAAGUUGGAUGUGCCGGUAGAGCAAUUGGAAAAAUUGAAAAUGGCGGAAUCCAGUAAAGAGGCUGUUCCUGAAAUUGCCGAACACGUGGAAUAUCACAGACUUGAUGCAGUAAAAACUAACGGCGAGUUGGUAUCGAGACUGGAACAGCACGCGUCAUCAGACUCAGCACCUGGCGAGAAGCCUCGAGUGCACGCGCAGGCUCAGUUGGAUGUGCCCGCUGAAGGCGUGCAUCGCGUGCUCGUGCAGGACGGGAGUCACGUCAGCGUACAAGAUGGCACCAUCACGCCUACUGCUGCGAGUGAGGAACAAACUACUAAAGUAUUCCAUGGAGCUGCUCGUUUGGUUCAGCCUGGGUCCGCUACAAACAAUCCUCAAACUGGACAUACGGCAGUCCGACGCGCAUUCAACGCUGACAUUACAAAAGAAACAAAGAAUAAUAUGGAUCACUAUUCGUCCUACGCUGGUGUACAGUACUCUCCCCUGGAUAUGGCAGAAUAUGUAUUUUGGACAGGCGACGAGCGCGGUGUGACUACAGCCAUAGAAGAUUUUCUCCAGGAGGGAUUGAUGACAAAGGAAGAAGCAAUCGCAUUUCUACAAGAAAUUAAAUUCAACAUCGAUUACCUUCGCGCUCAUUAUUCACAAAACUUGAAGGCGGCUGAGGAGUCUGCUCAGCAAGAAAAACUGAGGAAUAUGCUUAUGGAACAAGCAAGUGCCAAGGAUUACCAGUAUCGCAAUCCAAUGACUCUUCAGUCAUUCCCAUUUGGCAACAGCCCGGAUAUCAUAAGGACAAUCGCUAGCAAAAAUUGGGAGCUGAGCAACAAUCUGUCGCCAAUUCCAGUACUGCCAAUCACCUCGGACUUGCGGCCGGAGCCCGUCAAGAGGGCGUAUGACCCAAUGUUGCAGACCAAUAUUAUUAGCACUUCAGAUUAUGACCGAGAUGGCCCCAUCAUCAGUGAGGAAGAAUAUGAAGAAAUGAUGGAUAAAUUGAAAGCAGCCGACACGUUGUAUACUGAGUACACGCUUGAAGAAAUUAUUUAUCAACUCGCUAAGAUGAUGUUCUCACAAUCAUUAUCCCGGGACCCGGCCUCCGCUCGGGCGGCUACACAACGUUUCAUGGCCUUCCUGGAACUGGAGGCUGAAAGGGGUCAACUAUCGCGCACUAUUGAGAAGAAAGUACUUGACGUCAUGAUUGCCGCUCUAACAGACACGAUUGGCGAUCACCCCGAAUUGCUACAAGCGCGUGAAGGUCUUGGUGUGAAUCCUGCUAACAGAUUAAUGCGCCAGUUCCUCGAAGCCAGUGCAUCAGAACCGAGCAUGUCGCGUGCUAUCCUGGCUGCAUACAAGGACGAACUGCUGAAAGGUCCAAUGCACAAAAUGACAUUCUCCGAGAGGAAUUAAGCUGCAACCGAACAAUGUGGUCUACCGACUAUGUGGUUUGUUCCACCGGUGAAAAAUGAGUAUCGCGCUAUGAUCAGUGUAGGUAGAUAGAUAUGGUAGUAGAGUCUAUAAAAAAUAACUUUGGUGUUGGAAUUUGAUUGCAAAUGUAAUAACAGAGAGAUCGGUAUUGUACCUAAUUUAAAAGCUUUUCAGCAUUGCGAAGUAAUAAAUAAGUAGGUAGAGGAUUUAUGUACUUAAUAUGCAAUCAAAUUAAGAACAUAGUAGAAAAGUAAAAAAAAAAUAGUACUACUUUACUAUGAUAUUCUAAUAUUAUAAAUAUCUUUAUUAUAUUAGAAGAUAUCCUCGCCUUAACUAACCAUUAUUGAAUUUGCAUUUACAGCAUUGAUAUGGAGAAGGAAAUAAUUAUAAUUCGAUUUAUCGUAUAAUCGCUUGUAGUAAAUAGUCAUGCGACAAGAUAUUCUUCAUAAGAAGUGAAGAUCUAGGAAGAAGUCGAUUUUUAUAGCUAUAUACUGUUUUAAAUUUGACGCGGUCAUUA